CGGCAUUCUAGGGACGUUUGUGUAAGUUGCUGCAGUAUAAAAGCACCCUUUAACUCGGAGGCAACAUCGACCUUUCGUCCAGAUCAGUAGCCAUGGCCCGCAAGAUCGUCAUCGUCCUCUGCUUCGCGCUGUUCGCAGCUGCUGUGGCGCAGAGCCUCUACACCGACGACCAGGUGGCUGACCUCGACGGCCGCAUCGCCACGUGCCUGAGCCGCCUGCCUGCCGGGCCCAGCGAUGCCUGCCGCCUCAGUGCGGGGACUAACCCCAUCAAGGAGGGAGCCAGGAGGGAGUACCGCGUCGAUCCGAUCGUCGAGUGCUUGACCAAGGCCGGCAUCCCGCAGGGACCGGCCCUCAAGUCGGCCAAGUACUGUCUGACCUUGUCGCUGUGGAGGCCUAUUUAGACAGCUGAGCCAAUUUUGGGCCUGUGUCUUAUUUUACAGAAAUAUAAAGACAAGUGAGGACUCAGA